UUUUCAGGUUCGAAUACGCAGGUGACCUCAUUCUACAAAUGUCUGAUUCCAGCCAAACAGAACAUAAAAAUCCCGAAGUCAGCGCGAGCAAUUCAAGUUCAAGUUCCACGGACAAUACCACGGACAAUACCACGUCAGACGAAGAGAAACUAGUCAAAAGGGCUCAAGCUGCGAAGAAGCAGCUCACAGAAUACUAUAAGAAGCAAAAUGAGAUACUGGACCAUUUCAAACAGGAUAGUGAGCAGAUAGAGGCAACUCGACGGACUAAAAUACGGCAUCAAAGUCUCAAAUCGAACGAGUCGGAGUUUUCGGAAGUUAAUGAGCAUGAUCAUUUGAGCUCUCUAAAAGCGUCUACAGUAUCAAUUCAUUCAAAGGAUUCCCUCAUGGUUCGUCAUGAAGAAGCUCAGAAUGAAGAGAUAAAGCUUACAAAAGCAGCAGCUCGUCUUGCCCACAUCACUCUUUUUGUCAAUUUAGUUCUCAUGUUGGCUAAAAUCUUUGCAUCCUACCUCUCAGGUUCGAUGUCCAUUAUUUCAUCAAUGGUUGAUUCUGUCGUGGAUCUCACUUCUGGAGCAGUUCUUUCAAUUUCUUCACGAAUGAUUCGAAAACGUGAUCCGUAUCAAUAUCCACGCGGGAGAACUCGCGUGGAGCCGCUUUCACUGAUUCUUAUCAGUGUUAUCAUGGGAAUGGCAAGUGUACAGCUUAUUAUCUCCUCAGUGAGAAGAAUCCAUGACGCAGCAGUCUAUGGUAUCAAAGACCCAAUUAAUGUGAGCUGGCCAACUAUUGCAAUCAUGGGAUCAACGAUUGCCGUAAAGCUAACUCUUUUCAUUAUUUGUCAGAAAUACAAAUCCAAUUCUUCUAUCAAAGUUCUCUCUCUGGAUCAUCGUAAUGAUUGCAUUUCAAAUUCAAUGGCUCUGGCAUGUGCAUGGCUCGCUUUUUAUUAUACUGUGAAAGACGGUGACGAGAAAUCAGGAGCCGUGGUUUUUGAAAAGCAGUUCGAUUUAUAUUAUUUGGAUCCUGCUGGCGCCAUACUUGUAUCUGUAUACAUCCUCUACACGUGGAUCCGAACCGGAUACGCGCAUUUCGUCAUGCUCAGUGGAAAGUCAGCUCAUCCAGAGUUGAUCAAUCGGAUUGUUCAUCAGUGUAUCGAGCAUGAUCCACGGAUUACACAUAUUGACACCGUUUAUGUAUAUCACUAUGGAACCAAAUUUCUUGUCGAGGUUCACAUCGUUCUUGACCAAAACAUGAGCCUCAAAGUGACCCACGACAUAGCCGAAAGCCUUCAAACAGGAAUCGAAUCGCUUCCGGAAAUCGAGAGAGCCUUUGUUCAUUGUGACUACGAAUUUGAGCAUCACCCACAUGACGAGCACAAGGCCGUUUAAGAAUCCUUUCACUUGAUAGUUUACAAUGUAUUUUGAAUUAAUAUCUUACUUUACUGCCCGCAAAUAUUUUAUUUUUCAAAGAUCCCCCACCAAUCCGAGUCUCCCAUUUUAAUCAUUCCGAAUUUUUUAGAAGUUUUGAAAUCUUGAAGAAUGAUUCUAAUUAUAUUCAGAAUGACCACCAUUAUAUGUUUUACCUUUCACUUCUACUAUCCAUGUCUCACAGAUCAAUCGGUUCGAUUAAAAUCUUCAUUUUUAAAGAGUAGACAAUUAAAAUUAAGAAUCAAAAAAUGAAUUCUAGCAAGAAA